AUGAAGGACACCCCAGAGAUGAGAACAUUGGCAAACAGCCCCCAUGAUGGUGUCCAGCUGGUAAAAGUUAAUGAAGCCCUGGCAUCCAGAGAACCUGCUCAUCUGGAUCAGCAGCCUGGCCCACCUAACCCUUCCUUUGCAGAGAUCUGGGUGUAUGACCCAGACAGUCUGGCCAUCGCCCGUGACCGAGGCAAGGGCCCGGUGGCCGAGGAGCCGCUGAGCCUGCUGGAUGACAUGAACCACUGCUACUCCUGCCUGCAGGAACUGACCGGCAUCCCGAGGGGCACUCAGCUUAGCCAGGUAGAAAUCCUACAGCACGUCAUCGACUACAUCCUCGACCUGCAGGUGGUCCUGGCCAAGUCAGCCCCUGGACCCCGCAACGGGUCCCAUCUCCCCAUCCAGACAGCGGAGCUCGCUCCAGAACUUGUCAUCUCCAAUGACAAAAGAAGCUUCUGCCACUGACCCGGCCGUCCUGGCACCUCCUGAAUGCAGGAGCUGGUGCCCGUUUGGCCUGGGACCCCGGGAACCUCUCCUGCCGGAAGCGGGAUGGCAUGGAUGGGCCCCAACUUUGCCCUGCCCACUUGACUUCACCAAACCCCUUCCUGGAGGCUGAACCUGGUGCCCAAGAGCGAAGGACAGUGAACUUGUGUGGCCUGAGGAGCCAGAGUUAGCUCUGGCCACCAGCUGGGCGACGUCACCCUGCCCCUACCCCACCCCCAAGU